GAAGAUCUUGCUUGUAUGACUCAUCAUAACGAAGAUAAUUUUGGAGAUAUUUUUGGCGCCUGAAACCGAACCCACUCCUUUUGGCGUUCCAGUCCCUUAUCCUACCCUCUCCCUCCCAACCCCCCGCUCUCAAGUCUCAAGUCCCACAACAUACAGCAGCAGAACAGAGGAGCAACUGAAACAAUGUCAUCUUUUUCUCCAUCUCCUCUCACCACUAAUCCCCAGAUGCCUUUCUCUCCCAGGAGAGGGAGAGGGGCCCCUCCGAAGCCCACCCCUAAGGAGCUCCACUUCAACCGCGACCUCUCUGUGACCAAGAAGCUCCAGGUUGGAGUGGACUUGGUGGCGCGGUUGGUUGGGGUUACUCUGGGCCCAAAGGGCAGGAAUGUGGUGCUGCAGAACAAGUAUGGCCCUCCCAAGAUUGUUAAUGAUGGAGAGACUGUACUCAAGGAGGUUGAAUUGGAGGACCCUUUGGAGAAUCUUGGUGUCAAAUUGGUGAGACAGGCUGGAGCAAAGACAAACGAUCUUGCCGGUGACGGUUGCACUACUUCUAUCAUCCUCGCGCAAGGUUUAAUUUCUGAAGGAGUAAAGGUACUCGCUGCAGGAAUGAAUCCGGUCCAAAUUGCACGCGGGAUCGAGAAGACUGCUACGGCUUUGGUCUCUGAACUUAGAUUGAUGACGAGGGAGAUUGAAGACCGUGAAAUUGCUGAUGUUGCAGCAGUUAGCGCUGGGAAUGAUUACAGUGUAGGAAGCAUGAUAUCAGAUGCCCUUAAAAGAGUUGGAAAAAAAGGUUUCGUGAGAAUCGAAAAUGGAAGAUGCACCGAGAACCAUUUGCAGAUUGUUGAAGGGAUGCAAUUCGAUCGUGGCUAUCUCUCGCCCUACUUUGUUACUGAUCGCACCAACAUGUCUGUGGAGUUCAACAACAGCAGGAUACUUUUGGUUGACAAAAAAAUCACAAAUGUGAGGGAGAUGUUUAAGAUCUUGGAUGGUGCUGUAAAAGAAAAGUAUCCGCUCCUGAUUAUUGCAGAGGAUAUCGAACAAGAAGCUUUGGCUCCUAUAAUAAGAAACAAGCUAAAAGGUGUUUUAAAGGUGGCUGCUAUUAAAGCUCCUGCUUUUGGACAGCGCAAGAGUGACUACUUAGAUGACAUUGCUGUCUUGACAGGAGGUAAAGUAGUAAGAGAUGAGAUGGGACUGACUCUUGAAAAGGUUGGAAAAGAAGUCUUGGGUUGUGCAGCUAAGGUGGUGGUUACAAAGGACUCGACAUUAGUUGUUACUGAUCGAAGCACCCAAAAUGCUGUUGAAAAGAGGGUUGUUCAGUUAAGAAGUCUUGCUGAGAACUCAGAUGAGAAGUUCAAGAAGAAAAUAUUGAAUGAAAGAAUAGCAAGGCUAUCUGGUGGGAUUGCAAUUAUUCAGGUAGGUGCACAGACAGUCAUCGAAUUGAAAGAUAAAAAGCUAAGAAUUGAAGAUGCUCUUAAUGCAACCAAGGCAGCUAUUGAGGAAGGUGUUGUUGUUGGUGGUGGAUGUAGCCUAUUGAGGUUAUCUAUGAAGGUGGACAGUAUCAAAGAAUCUUUGGAUAACGAGGAGCAGAAGAUUGGUGCUGACAUCUUUAAGCAGGCUUUAUCUUAUCCUUCAAAAUUAAUAGCAAAAAAUGCUGGUGUGAAUGGAAAUUUUGUAGUGGAAAAGGUUUCUACAAGUAUCUACAAGGUCCUGUCCAGUAAUGAUAUGACCUAUGGCUACAAUGCAGCCAAAAACUGUUUUGAGGAUCUGAUGGCUGCUGGAAUAUUAGAUCCAUCCAAGGUCGUUAGAUGCUGCAUAGAGCAUGCUGCUUCUGUUGCAAAGGUUUUUCUCACAGCUGAUGUGGUUGUUGUCGAUUCAAGAGAUAUCAAGCCACCGCACAUUCCAAGGCUUGUUCCAUCUUCUAAAAUUAUGCCAACUUCAGGUGAUUGCUCAUUACAACUUCUAAAGUAUUUCCUCUCUCGUAUACAAUGUCCUUCUUGCUUUAUUCUUCUGUUAAUCAUGAUCCCAGGUUUUGCGCGUUAGCUUGUCAAAGCCUUUGAAAACAGUUAUACUGUAACCUCAUCUACUGUUCAUCCACACCUAUAAGUCGAAAAUUGAGCAGAGAGCAUGUUAUGGUAAGGGCUCUAUCAAGGCAUGAAAGAUGAACAUUUUAGUACAGCUAUGGUUCCGCCAAUGCAAAACUUUACCCUAGGUACCUUUUGAGUAUAUAAUCGGUGCAUUAAGAUUGGAAAAUUAGUCUAAAUGCUCAAAAUAUCACUCUGUGCUAGUAUAAGGUAGUGAUAGUGUACAUCGACCUGAAGUAGUUAAGAGAGUAUCCUUUUCUUGAGACUCUAACUGCACAUGGUUACUCUUUUUUGCGGGAGAAAUUGCUCUCAAUAAUGCAAUGUUUCUUUGAGCAAUGUAAAUUUCCUAUAAUACAACAAUUGUUUCUUGUAUGUUCCGUCUUACACUGUUGUAACAGAAAAUUUGGUCUCUUGCUUGCUAAAUCAACUUUUCUCCUGAA